GGGCACAGCAGCCGGUCAGCAGGGUUUAUGGAAAUUACCAGCUCUUCAGCUACCGGAUUCGACCCCAAAUUUAGGCCCGAACCCCAGCCCGUCGCUGCUAUCGAUUGCGAUCGCCCAAUCGACGCCGUGCAGUGCAACACCUGCCCGUUCUUCCGGGCAAGGAUCGACAAUGCAGGAACACAGCAGCUAGGUAGCUCCGCCAGCGCCCACGCAUCGUCCUUCUAUUAUUGUCCUCUGCUUCCGGCAUGCCGGCCUAGUCGUCUGUUGCUUCGCCCUACACCCUGCUCCGUGACAUGAUUAGUUAGGUUAUGUCUAGGUAGUCAUCAUCGCCAGAAUCUUACGAGCCAAGCCCUAUAUAUACCCCGGAUACCGCUCUUCCCAUUCCGAGUCCUCAACUCAAUACCACCUUUCACGACAACUUAAUUGGAUCGGUAUUGCGCAGGACAGGCAAACAACAAAGAUGGGGCGCUCGCAAGUAUUCACAUCGGCGUUCCUCGCGCUCGCGACUCUGGGCGCGGCAGUUCCCAUGCCCGGCUCGAGAAUAGCAUCGUCCAGGAGAGGAGCCGCCGCUCAGAACACCACCGGCAGCAUUACCUGGGGGCCUUGCUCCGACCAAUUCGCCGCGAACCUCACGUGCGCGAACUACACCGUGCCCCUGGACUGGUCGAACCCGGGCAACGAGACGAUACAGCUCGGCCUCGUGCGCCACGAGGCCACCGACAAGAGCGCGCGCAUCGGGUACCUGUUCGUGAACCCGGGCGGCCCCGGCGGACAAGCCUCGGACCUCGUCAGCUCGAUAGCGCAGAGCCCGGGGGUCGUCAACCCGGAGAUCCUCGCGCGCUUCGACGUGAUCGGGUUGGACCCGCGGGGCGUCGGCCUCAGCACGCCGGUGCAGUGCGACACCGACACGUACAACAGGCGCGUGUCCUUCUUCCCCAAGACGCAGGCCGAGUACGACGCCCUGGUCGCGUACAACAAGGCCGUCGGCGAAAGCUGCCGCGCCAAGACGGGCCGCCUCAUCGACUUCGUCGACACCAUCUCCGCGGUCAAGGACCACGAGGCCGUGCGCAAGGCCCUCGGCGGCGAGAAGAUCAACCUCCUGGGCCUGUCGUACGGGACGCAGCUCUUCAGCCAGUACGCAGAGCUGUUCCCGGACAACAUCCGCGCGCUCGUGCUCGACGGGAACCUGCAGCACAGCCAGGGCGAGUCGUCGAACCUGCUGAUCGAGAGCACCACGUACGAGCUCACGCUCAAGAAGUUCUUCGAGUGGUGCGCGAACUCGACCACGGCCGACUGCGUGCUCUCCGGCCAGGACGUCGAGGCCAAGUUCGUCAGCGUCCGCGACAAGGCCGCCGCGUCGCCGAUCCCCGCCCCGGGCUGCGACGACACCUCCUGCCGCGCCAACGUGACGGACGAGGACCUGCGCUUCACCGUGCAGAGCUACCUGAUCUCGGUCGGGAGCUGGCCGAACCUGGCGCGCGCGCUCGAGCAGGCCGACGCCGGCAACGCGACCCUCAUGUCCGAGGCGAACCCGCUCGCCGUCGGCGACCCGUACACGGACUCGUCGCUGUUCGCCGGCACGGCGAUCGCGUGCCAGGACUGGGACCACGCGGCGGCCUCGCUGGCCGACGUGCUCGCCAAGGGCACGCUCGGCGCCAACUUCAGCCCCCUGACCCGCGGCGCCUGCCAGAGCUACAAGAUCCAGACCUCGUGCAUCGGGUGGCCGGCGCCGCUGACGAACCCGCCGAAGAAGAUUGUCUACAAGGGCGCGACUAAAAUCCUGCAGGCGCAGUCUACCUUCGACCCUUCGACGAGCUACGCGUGGGGCCUGGGCUUGCAUGCCGAAUUGGGCGAUGAUAAGUCCGUUCUUAUCGUGCGCAAUGGUACGGGUCACACGAGUUACCUGUCGGAUGGCGCCACGACGGCCGCGAUGAACGCGUACCUUGUCAACUUGACUAUGCCGGAGCCGGGGACGGUGUUUGAUUCGUAAAGCGAGGGGCAGAGUUGGUAUGUGCUAUGAGCAAGACGUUUUAAUGGAUGUGUGAUUGAAGAUAUAUGACAUGACACGGUAUGGCACGGGAUGUUUCGGGUUGAAAACUUCGAACGUAUAUAUUACACAUUACUACACUAAGAUGGUAUUUUUAGAGUAUAUAUAUAGUGAAUAAUUAUUAUUACCUACCUUUAGGGGAUUUACUUUGGCUGCAGUUACGAUGUAGAUAGGUGGGUGGUUCUAAGGACAAACCUUGUACUUGAUGACCAAUUCGUUUGUUUCCAGACAUGAGCUUUGCUUGUGAUGUCUACCUAGGUACGAUCAUUUAGAGGCUUCUACGACAUUCAUAAAACAGUUCCAGAUUAAACAUCUACCUGCGGACCUCAGACCCACGUCCCCUCUAGAGGUGUCCUGAGGUAGUAAAUACCUUACAAGUUGGUAGAAUAAAGCGCUAGGUGUCAUUUCC